AUGGUUGUCUACUACCAGAUCGCCGGCAAGAAGGUCGGCUCCCACGUCCUCGCCAUGGGCGUCUUGGGCUCUCUCUUCGGCGGUGUCUACCUCGCUACCCGUGGCGGUGGUGAGAAGAAGCAGGCUGCUCCCCCCAUCCAGGCCUCUUCCAAGGACGAGGAGACUUUCAUCCAGGACUUUUUGAAGAGUGUCAACGGGGACGAGAAGAAAAGCAACCAUUAA